CUUCACUUCCGCCACUCCCUCGCUCUGCGCAUGCGCCCCCGCUCUCCCCGCCGCCACUCCCUCGCUCUGCGCAUGCUCCCAGCCCCGUGGCGGGAAACGCGGGCUCGGCGCAGGCGCAGUGGCGGAAGCGAAAGCGGAAGCGGCGCAGUGAGGGAGGAGAGGGAAGAUGGCGGCGGCCGCGGCGGCCCCCGAGGACGAGCUGGUCUCGUCGGUGACGCUUUACCGGCGGCGGCCGCGGCUGCUCCGCGGGACCGUGCUGCCCUUCGCCGCCGGUCUCUACCCGGCCUGGCUGUGGCUGUGGGCCGCGCCUGUGGGGCGGGGGGAGGCGGCGGGGCCGCCCGAGGCGGCGCUGUUGGCGCUCGGCGCCAUCGCGGCGCUGCAGCUGCUGACGGCGCUGGCCGGGCUCUGGUCCGUGCACGCCGAGUGCGCCCUCAGCUGCGUCAGGGAGCCCUGUCCCCAAAAAGCCACCCUGGCCAAGGUGGUGCCGACCCCCAACAACGGCUCCGUGGAGUUGGUGCCGAUCCACAGGGAGCAGGGUGAGGAUGGACUGGAAGCUUUGAGCUUUGAAUUCCAGAAAAUCAAAUAUUCCUACGAAAUCCAUGGAAAAAAACAAUUCCUGCCCGUGGUUCCUGUGGAGCAUCCCUUGGGAUUCUACCAGAAUUCCAGAGGGUUCCAGGAGGAGCAGGAAAUCCGGGAAGCUGAGAGGAAAUACGGGAAUAACAAGGCGGAAAUGGUGGUGCCAGAAUUCCUGGAGCUUUUCAAGGAAAGAGCCACGGCUCCGUUCUUCGUGUUCCAGGUGUUCUGCGUGGGGCUCUGGUGCCUGGAUGAGUUUUGGUACUACAGCAUCUUCACCCUCUCCAUGCUCGUGGCCUUCGAGGCCUCCCUGGUGCAGCAGCAGCUGCGGAACCUGGCCGAGAUCCGCAGGAUGGGCAACAAGGCCUUCCCGAUCCAGGUGUACAGGAACCGGAAGUCGCCAAUUUCCAGCGACGAGAUCGUGGCGGGGGACGUCGUUUCCAUCGGCCGCUCCCCCCAGGAGAACUUGGUGCCCUGUGACCUCCUGCUGCUGCGGGGCCGCUGCGUGGUGGACGAGGCCAUGCUGACCGGAGAGUCCGUGCCGCAGAUGAAGGAGCCGGUGGAGGGGCUGAGCCCGGAGCGGGAGCUGGACCUGGGCUCGGACGGGCGGCUCCACGUCCUGUUCGGGGGCACGCGCGUCAUCCAGCACCUGCCGCCGCCGCGCGCCGCCGCCGGCCUCAAGCCUGUGGAUAACGGGUGCUUGGCCUACGCCCUCCGCACCGGCUUCAACACCUCCCAGGGAAAGCUGCUCCGCACGAUCCUCUUUGGGGUGAAGAGAGUCACGGCCAACAACCUGGAGACCUUCAUCUUCAUCCUCUUCCUCCUCGUCUUCGCCAUCGCCGCCGCCGCCUACGUCUGGAUCCAGGGCACCAAGGAUCGGCGGAACCAGUACCGCCUCUUCCUGGAGUGUGCCCUGAUCCUGACGUCCGUGGUGCCCCCCGAGCUGCCCAUCGAGCUCUCCCUGGCCGUCAACACCUCCCUGAUCGCCCUGGCCAAGCUCUAUGUUUAUUGCACGGAGCCGUUCCGGAUCCCCUUUGCAGGGAAGGUUCAGGUUUGCUGCUUCGACAAAACCGGGACCUUGACCAGCGACCACCUCGUGGUGCGAGGGGUGGCCGGGCUCAGGGAAGGCAAGGAAGUGCUGCCAGUGUCGGAAAUCCCUCUGGAAACUCACCGGGCCAUCGCCUGCUGCCACUCCCUGGUGCAGCUGGAGGACGGGACCAUCGUGGGAGACCCUCUGGAAAAAGCCAUGCUGACAGCCGUGGACUGGACCCUGACCCGAGAUGAGAAAGUUUUCCCGAGGAGUCUAAAAACUCCGGGAAUGAGAAUUCACCAGCGCUUUCAUUUCUCCAGUGCCCUGAAGAGGAUGGCGGUGCUGGCUUCCCUGGAAAAUUCCUCCGGAGAAAUCCGAUACCUGGCGGCCGUCAAGGGCGCUCCCGAGACCCUGCAUGCCAUGUUAUCCCAAUGUCCCAGCAACUACCACGAGAUCCAUCGGGAAUUCUCCCACGAGGGCGCGCGGGUCCUGGCCCUGGGCUACAAAGAGUUGGGAGCCCUGAGCCACCAGCAGGUGCGGGAGAUGAAGAGGGAAUCCCUGGAAUGUGACCUGAGAUUUGUGGGAUUCAUCCUGGUCUCGUCCCCGCUCAAAUCCGACUCCAAGGCCGUGAUCCGAGAGAUCCAGAACGCUUCCCACCACGUGGUGAUGAUCACGGGGGACAGCCCGCUGACCGCCUGCCACGUGGCGCGGGAGCUGCACUUCCUGCAGAAGGAGAAGAUCCUGAUCCUGCAGCCCCCGGAGCGCCCCGGGCUGCCCUGGCAGUGGCGAUCCCGGGACGGAUCCGUGGCUCUGCCGGCGUUCCCGGAUUCCCCGCGGGAUCUGACGGAUCCCUUCGAGCUGUGCCUGACCGGGGAGGGGCUGGAGCAGCUCCGGCUGCGGGAUCGGGAUCGGCUGCUCCGCCUCAUCCCCCACAUCCGAGUGUUCGCCCGCGUGGCGCCCAAGCAGAAGGAAUUCGUGAUCACGGCGCUGAAGAGCCUCGGCUACUGCACCCUCAUGUGCGGGGACGGCACCAACGACGUGGGAGCGCUCAAACACGCGGACGUAGGAGUUGCCCUGCUGGCCAACGCUCCGGAGCGCGUUCCCGAGCGGAAGCGUCGGCCCCGCGACACCCUCGGCGACAGCAGGGCCGGAAUUCCCGCCGGGAAUGUCAAACCCUCAUCCCGAGGAGCCAAGCAGAGGCUCCUGGCCCAGCGGGAGGAGCAGCUGGCUGUGCACAGGGAGCGGCUGAGCCAGGUGCUGAGGGACCUGGAAGAGGAGAAGGCCCCAGUGGUGAAGCUGGGGGACGCCAGCAUCGCCGCCCCCUUCACCUCCAAACUCUCCUCCAUCCAGUGCAUCUGCCACGUGAUCAAGCAGGGUCGCUGCACGCUGGUGACCACGCUGCAGAUGUUCAAGAUCCUGGCGCUGAACGCGCUGGUGCUGGCCUACAGCCAGAGCGUGCUCUUCCUGCAGGGAGUCAAGUUCAGCGACCUGCAGGCCACGCUCCAGGGGCUGCUCCUGGCUGCCUGCUUCCUCUUCAUCUCCAGGUCCAAGCCCCUGAAGACUCUUUCCAAGGAGAGGCCCCUUCCCAACAUUUUCAACGCCUACACGGUGCUGACGGUGCUGCUGCAGUUCCUGGUGCAUUUCCUCAGUUUGCUCUUCCUCUACCGGGAGGCGCAGGAGCGCAGCGAGCCCAGGCAGGAGGAGUUUGUGGAUCUGAGCCGGGAGUUCGAGCCCUCGCUGGUGAACAGCACGGUGUAUCUGCUGGCCAUGGCGCUGCAGACGGCCACCUUCGCCAUCAACUACAAGGGCCGGCCGUUCAUGGAGAGCCUGGCGCAGAACCGGGCGCUGCUCUGGGCGCUGCUGCUCUCGGCCGCGGCCGUGCUGGGGCUGCUCAGCGGCGCCUGCCCCGAGCUCAACGGCGCCUUCGGCCUGGCCCACAUCCCGCCCGAGUUCCGGCUGCUGAUCCUGGCGGUGCUGGCGGCCGAUUUCCUGCUGGCCUUUUGUGUGGAUCGGCUCCUGCAGCUCCUGCUGGGCAGCUCCCGCCUCCGCGUGCCUUCCUGAGCUUCCGGAAUUCCCGAAAAAAAACCCGGAAUUCCCAAAAAAAUCCCGGAAUUCCCGAAAAAAAAAAACCCCGGAAUUCCCGACCCCUCGGCGAAGGCGGCGCCCAAAUUCUUGUCACGUUUCCCCAGGACGUCUCGGCAGCUUUCAGGAGUUCCCAGAAUCCCCCAGAGUUUCUUGGAAUUUCCUGGAAUUUUCCGGAAUUUUCCCAGAAUUUUCCGA